AUGGCAAACACAAAAGCAAAAGCACCGCCGAUUAUCGACUUUGCGCCGUUCUACGGCACCGACCCCACAGCCCGUGAGGACCUCGUCGCCCAAGUCCGCGCCGCCUGCCUCGACAAAGGCUUCUUCCAGAUCAUCAACCACUCCGUCCCCGCCACCCUCCAAGACGCCAUGUUCACACUAGCCCACGAGUUCUUUGCCCUCCCCAUAGAGGAAAAACUCAAAGUCGAUGCCAACCUCAACGACUACCACCGCGGCUACGAAACCUUCCGCAGCCAAGCCUUCUCCGGCAGCCUCCGCCCCGACUUCAAAGAAAGCAUAGACUUCGGCCCCGACUACCAGCCCGACCACCGCUACGUACAGGCCAAGCACGCCGCCUGUGGGCCCAACCUGUACCCGGCGAGCGUCACGAACCCCGCUGCCUUCCGCACCACGGUCGACACGUAUCUCGCAGCGGCGCUGGGGCUGGCGAACGACGUGCUGCGGGUGCUGGCGUUGGGCCUGGGGCUGCAGGAGGGGUAUUUCGAGGGGUUUGCCACGGACCCUGUUGCGACGGUCAAGAUGCUGUAUUAUCCGUCGCAGGAGCCCGUGGCGGGGGAGGGGGGGGAUGAUGGCGAGAGGGGGAUUAAUGCGCAUACGGAUUUUGGGUUUGUAACACUAUUGAUGCAAGACGACGUCGGCGGCCUGCAAGUCUUUGAUAACGACACCGACUCCUGGCUCGACGUAACCCCCAUAAAGCACGCCUACGUCGUCAACCUCGGCGACUGCACGCAGCGCAUGACCAACGACCGCUACCGCUCCGGCCUGCACCAGGUUAUCAACCGCUCCGGCCGCACGCGCUACUCGAUCGCGUGUUUCCACGCUGGGGAUCCGGAGUAUGUGGUUCGCUGUCUCCCCCGGGGUAUUGGGGGAGAGGGAGGGGAGGAGAAGUAUCCGCCGGUGUCGGUGAAUGACUAUCUUACGGAGAGGACAAAGGAUUCGUAUAUUAGGGCGGAGGCGCUGAAUGCGACAUAG